GCCCUGGAUUCCACUUCCCCUCCGCUCGCGCUGCAGCCGCAGCCGCCUACAGGCCCCGCGCCGCCUCCGGAGUCCAUGGCCGGGACGCGCUGGGUGCUCGGGGCGCUGCUCCGGGGCUGCGGCUGCAACUGCAGCAGCUGCCGGCGCACAGGCGCCGCUUGCCUGCCCUUCUACUCGGCCGCCGGCUCUUUCCCUUCGGGCGUCUCGGGCCGCCGCCGGCUGCUGCUGUUGCUCGGGGCCGCCGCGGCCGCCGCCUCACAGACGCGGGGCCUCCAGACCGGGCCUGGGCCCACCGGGAGACUGGCGGGGCCUCCCACUGCGGCCGCCUCCGCCGCUGCCGCGGCUGCCGCGUCUUACCCGGCCUUGCGCGCCCCUCUGCUGCCGCAGUCCCUGGCGGCGGCCGCGGGCCCGGCUCGGGGUUACAGCCAGGAGUCUAAAACUACCUACCUGGAAGACCUUCCACCUCUCCCUGAGUAUGAAUUGGCUCCAUCCAAGUUAGGAGAGGAAGUGGAUGAUGUUUAUCUCAUUCGAGCUCAAGGAUUACCAUGGUCGUGCACUGUUGAAGAUGUGCUUAGCUUUUUUUCAGACUGCAGAAUUCGCAACGGCGAGAAUGGAAUACACUUCCUCUUAAAUAGAGAUGGGAAGCGAAGGGGUGAUGCCUUAAUUGAAAUGGAGUCAGAGCAGGAUGUGCAGAAAGCCUUAGAAAAGCACCGCCUGUACAUGGGGCAGCGGUAUGUGGAAGUAUAUGAGAUAAACAAUGAAGAUGUGGAUGCCUUAAUGAAGAGCCUGCAGGUCAAAUCUUCCCCUGUGGUAAAUGAUGGUGUGGUUCGCUUGAGAGGACUGCCUUAUAGUUGCAACGAGAAAGACAUUGUAGACUUCUUUGCAGGACUGAAUAUAGUAGACAUUACUUUUGUGAUGGACUACAGAGGGAGAAGGAAAACAGGGGAAGCCUAUGUGCAGUUUGAAGAACCAGAAAUGGCCAACCAAGCCCUGUUGAAACACAGGGAAGAAAUUGGUAACCGCUAUAUAGAGAUAUUUCCAAGCAGAAGGAAUGAAGUUCGAACAUAUGUUGGGUCUCAUAAGGGAAAGAAAAUGGCAUCUCCUACUGCUAAGUACAUAACUGAGCCAGAAGUGGUCUUUGAAGAACACGAAGUAAAUGAGGAUGUUCGACCUAUGACAGCUUUUGAAAGUGAGAAGGAAAUAGAACUGCCUAAAGAGAUGUCAGAAAAGCUUCCAGAGGCUGUUGAUUUUGGAACCUCCUCUUCACUACAUUGUGUUCACAUGAGAGGAUUGCCUUUCCAAGCCAAUGCCCAAGACAUUAUAAACUUUUUUGCUCCGCUGAAGCCUGUUAGAAUCACCAUGGAGUACAGUUCCAGUGGGAAGGCCACCGGAGAAGCUGAUGUGCACUUCGAUACCCACGAAGAUGCCGUUGCAGCUAUGCUCAAGGAUCGGUCCCACGUCCAACAUAGGUAUAUUGAAUUGUUCCUGAAUUCAUGUCCAAAGGGAAAAUAAGACUCCCAGGGACUCCAGAUAAUAAGGAUGAAGCAAGAAGCAUUUCAUUUGCACAUCUUUCUUGGAUAUGGGAUAUAAAGUUCCAGUUUUUUAGCAGCCACUGCUUGACAAAGGAUUUGGGGGUUUUGGGUUAAUUGCUUAUAAGAAAAAUUCCACAGUGGACUGUUUAGAAAGAAAAAGGAAAGAUUCAUUUUGGGAUUAAAUAAACUACACAUUUAAAUUUUGUUUAAGCUGUCCAGGAUAGGAUCUGAUUUAAAAAUCUGGUCUUUAUUUUAUGAUUAAAUAAUUUGUUUUCAUAGAGGAUACAUUACCCAAUGUGAAGACUGCAUAUUUUUAUUCAGCACUGUCCUUUAAAACCUUUCCCUCAUUUUAAAAAUGAUUUGUUUGAGGUCUGUGAUAUAAAACUUCCUAUGGAAUAAAAUACUCAUUUAUUUUAACCAAAUACUCACCAAAGCAAGGAAAGGUUUCAUACCUUUGAACCUCUAUGGUUUGGCAGAGUAGUUAAAAUUUUAGGUGUAUUUGAUGACUUAGAGAUAGAAAUUAAAAAGAAAAACAGGAUUCAAAACAAAAAUAUAAAUACCACAGGUUAGUGAGUGUAAUGACACCUAUUUGGUCAUUUCAUAUCUUUAGAAAUGUUUUGCCUUUCUAAGCCUGUGCUACUGGCAUUUGACAUUAGUGCCUGUGAACUUCAGGAGGGAAUUCUAGUCUCAGCUUAGAAGUUGUCUGUACACAUGCCCCCAUCCCCUACCCCUUUUUUGGUUGUGGGUAAACAUUAGGGGUGUUAAGUCUCAAAGCUGUGAAGUGAUGUGUCAAAACAGUCCCUACUGGUAAAUCGAUGGCUUCACUUGAAUUUAAACCAGCGCUAGAUAGGAAACCAUCUAAGUCCCCUCCUUUGCUUUUCAGUGGGGUAGCACAUCCCAUGUCGUAGAACAAGUAGGGGUGCCUUGCUUAAAUAAAAAUAGCAUUUAAUGUAUAAUUGUGUGAAGGGUUUAUGGAUAAAACUGUACUUCUGUCACAUUGUGGCAGUACCUUCUGCUUUAAUAUUAAACAGCUUGUUAUUUAAAUAUUGGAUCAAAAUGGCUGGCUUCAAAAUGUAGUCUUUAAUAAACUAAUUUUAUGUGCACCUGUGUAGGAGAAUCAAAGUCCUGUAUACUUUAUUUGCCUUGUUCCUGUUCUCAGGGUGACGACUGCUACAUAGUUACCAGGAGAUGCACUUCUAGUUCUUAAAAUCAAGUUAGCCCUCAUUUCGGAGAAGUGAUAUUUGGAAGAGAUUAUGUCUUCUCUCACUCAAUACAUAACCAUCUUUGAUUACCAGCUAAGAUACAAAAUCACUGUACUGUAAAUAGUCAAUAAAUGAAGGCUUGGUUCAGGCUGCAGAUUACCUAAGAGUAUUUAUUUUGGAGUGUGUGGAUAAACCAAAUAUAUUUUUAUUACAUCAAAUCCUGAUAUAUUAUUGUAAGGAGAAAUGAUUAAUUUUCAGUUGUGUUUGCCAUCCUAUAAGGACGUGACUUAAUUAACCAGCUUAAGAGCUUCAGUGUUACUACUUAGACGGAAAUGUGUUUUCAUAUGUGUGUACUGAGCUGUGAGAACUGGUGUCUGUAGCUGUCUGGUCUGUUGGAAUGUGAUCUUUUCUCUUGCCCUUUAGCAGUAGGUAUCUAUCUAAUUUGCUCUGGGAAAAAGUCUGUAAGGUCUUUCGGGAUUGGGGUUGGUGAGGAAUCAGUUCAUUUGUAAUUUAUUUUAAAGCUAAUGAAUUUCUUUUGCAUAUCAGAAAAGAUAAGAGCAAAAGCCUUAAAGUGUUGUGUGGUGAGUCAGCUUGGAAGGGUGUAUCUUCUUGUCACACUUAGUGGCUGAGUUCUCAGUAAAAAUAAAAAAGGUCAUUUUUGGGAAGUCAUCUUAUGAAUUCAUGUACUUUUCUAUACUCCCUUUAGUAAGCUAUUGCUCAUAAUUUAGGCUACUAAGUGAAUGAUUGCUGACAAGUGCAAAAAGCACGUAAUAGAAUAAAAGUGAUUUUUUAUUUCUAUCAAAAGACAGUUCUCUUUCUGAAAAUUUGACAGAACUGGGUUGUAUAUCAUCAUUUGCUAUUGAAAUAAGUAAUGACAGUGAUUUUCUGUUCUCUCUGUGUCUUUAUAACUGCCUUUGAGGUAAAGCUAUCGAAAAUAGGCCUGGAUGGGACCAUGUUCCCCAUAUCCUGCUUUUAGCUAGCUGCUUCUCAAGGAGGUGCAAGGGAGGACGCUGUUAAGUAACAUGUAGAUAUACCAAGGAGGAAAUUGCUAAAGGCUGUGAUCGGGUGCACUCACUGACACCGGAGAAGGAAGCAGAGCCAGAGGAUUGUCCCUCUCUGCCUGGGGGAAGGCGGCUUCUGCCAGGUGGGAAAGGAGACUGAGUCGACCAUGGAGUAGGAGUCUCCAAAUCCUUGCUACAUCUGCAGUGUGGCGAGGAAGAAUCGGGAGAAAGCUACUUCCACCUACAUGACAUUUUGAGGCAAGGACGCUCGCUGCUUGUUUGUCCACGUGCCCUGUGGGUAUCCUCUGCCCUAACAGCUCCUCAGCAGAUUCUCAUUAGGGAAGUUUUCUCCGAGUUACAUCCUAUUCAUUUUACGAUUGAAAACAUUCUGUUGUUUUCAGAGUUCCCCUUAAAUUACGUGAAAGGGUUUACGUUCAAUUAGUUGGACCUGUAUGAUAGAGCAGAAUGGCAUUAUUUGAGCAGUAGAGUUCUGGGGGCUUUCAAAAAAAUUGCUGUAAUGUAGUAGGAAUGGAGUGUGUCCCUGAUUCAUCAGAUUAGAAAAUAAUCUCUGAGGUUUGUACGAAGCUGCUGUCAACGUUCAUAGGUAGGUUUUUGUGUGCACAUACAUUUCAUCUCAUUUGGGUAAACACCAAGGAGUGGAGUUGCUGGUUCAUAUGGUAAGACUGUUUAGUUUUAUAAGAAACCACUCAACUUUAUCUUGCAAGGUGGCUGUGCCAUUUUGCAUCAUGUAGCAACUCCCCCUUGUCAGCUUUUGGUGUUCUCAGUGUUUCUAAUAAGUGUGUAGUAGGGUCUCGUUUUAACCUGUAAUUCCAUGAUUUCAUAGGAUGUUGAGCAUCUUUUGAUAUAUCUGAAUAUCACACACUGUCUUUGGUGAAGUGUCCAGAUCUUUUGCCAAGUGUUUUUGUUGGGUGGUUUUCUUAAUUACCGGGCUAUUGAUAAAAGGUUUUAUUUGGUUCUUAAGCCUUGAUGAUAUGAAAAUAAACGGAUACUUUUUUCAAUUGUUUAUAUUUGUUUUGAAGGAUAUAAAAUUCUAGAGAUCCAGUCUCCCUCCCAUUCUGUACUUCAGCCACUUUCCCUUAGGCAACUCUGUCCUCAGUUUCAAAGGUAAACUUCCAGUGAUACUGUUUAGGUAAACAAAUAUAAUGGACACUUUCAUUUCUUUUUAAAAUAUAUAGCAUACUGUACUACUGUUCUGUACCCUUUUUCCAUACAUCCUAAAGAUCAUUUGAUACCAAUAUACAAAAUCCUUCCUCAUUUUUAAAAGUGAUUGUAUAGUAUGGAUGUAUGCAAUUGAACCUGUCCCUUACUAAUGAACAUAUAAAUUGUUUCCAGUCUUCUGCUGUUGUAAUGCUGAAGUGAAUUACCCUGUAUAAAUUUGUCAUUUUGUACAUACGUAAAUUUCUCUGUAGGAUAAUGUAGAGUAUGUGCAUUUGUAAUUUAUAUCAAAUUGUUUAUAUAUUUUUUCUUCGCACCAGCAGGGUAAGCACUCAUUUCCCCAAAGCCUCACUGACGCAGUGUGUUAGCCACUAUUCUUUGCCAGUCUGAGAGGUUACACACACACACACACACA